AUGCCGCCGAAGAAUCGCAACAACCGCAACUCGCAUCCACGACCUGCGGCGCAUCAUCACCACGUUCCCUCGGACUACGAUACGGACACAGCAUACGCAACCGAUGCCAUGACUUCUCUUCCUCAGCCAGCACCUAUCCCAGCGCGCACAAAUGAAGAACUCAAUCUCAGCGUGCUGCAACGACACGAUCCUUCAGUCCACCAGAUCCUUUCGGUCGCGCCGUUCGCUGUUGUCUACACUUUCAACCCAGCCUCGUCGAGUUGGGAGAAGCAGGGAACUGAGGGCACACUAUUUGUCUGUUCGCUUCUACCACCGGUAGGAGGUCCGCAGAUUGAACGAUACAGUUGCAUCGUCCUCAACCGUCGCGGUCUCGAAAACUUCUCUAGUGAAUUGUUCUCUGCCGAGUCGGUGCAAGUGACGGACGACUAUGUCAUCUUGCAAGUCGAAGGAGAAGAUGGAAGUGCAAACAUCUAUGGUCUAUGGAUCUUUGCGGAAGAAGGAGGAAGCACGGUACAGACAAGAGUGGUCAAUGCCCUGAUCAUCCAGGAAUGCGCAAAGAGAGCCGAGGACAGCAGAGACGCUGCUGCUGUGGCCGAUGUGGAAGAAGAGUAUGUCGAGGAAGAACUGCCGCCAGCACAACAACAGCCACAAGUACAACACCAACCACCGCCAGCGAUACAGCGCGAACAAGCACCGGAGCCACAGAGACAUGACUAUGAGCAACAACUACCAAACCAACAACUCAAUCUGCUGCAUUUCUUUAAGAACGGCCAGCAGCAACAGCAACGACCCACUCUCGCCUCUCCCUUCCAGUCCUAUGACCAGCAGCAGUACUACAAUAUGCAAGAACAACAGCAAAUCGAGCACCAGCGCCUUGAACAACAACGGCAGCAACAGCAGCAGAUGGAGGCUAUGCAACAACAACAAAUGAAUCACAUGAACGCACAACAAUGGCAGACAGCUCAACAUCAACACCAGUAUGCUGCACAUACUCCCGCACCUCCUGGAUUCGCACCUACUCAGCAACAUUACUCUCAACAGCAGCCUCUUCAACAGCCACAAGCACAAGCAGAUGUCUUGAUGAACUUGUUCAACAAUGCUAGACGUGGAUACUAG